AUGCUGGCAACCGAUUGUGUUGAAAAAACUAAAAUCCAUCCCGUGGAAAGGGAUUUUUGUGAUAAAGAUGACGUGAUUUGUGGAUCUCGGCAUUCUCCGGGACAUUUUCAGACGGCGUCGUCACCGUGUUCUCCGUCUCCUCCGCCUCCGCCUCCUCCCGUGAGUGGGAGGUGGUCGGAUUUUGGAAGUUUUCGUAGGACGUUGCACGGUCGAAUGCCAACGACCAACAGCGGUUUAUCCUACAGCGAAAGUGAUAGUUGUCCGCAAUGUAGAGAAAGAUAUUCCGCAUUUAAAAGAUCCAGUAGCAUUCAAAGCGCAGCAACGCUUAACAGUUACACUGGAACGUCAUCGCAAACUCGAAAAGGUAAUAAUUUGCUGCGUUGUUAUCAGUCACUUAUUAUUAUUAAAAUUGAAGCGGGAGCUGCAGGAGCUGGAGCACAUGCAGCAUGA